UCUUCGGUCUUGAUGAUUCAUGUCGAUAUCAUUUUCCUCCCAACUACAGAGACUCUGAGACAAAGCUACACCCCAAGUGAUAUGCCGAUGUCAGAACAAUUCCUGUCCUGAAGGGGGGUGUGCGACCUUCUUUAUUAUUCCCCCUUCACAGACGUCCUUGAGCCCUUGAGACGGAUGUGAGUGAGUUUUUCAGCCCUCAUGCAAAACAACCAUCUAAACAUAACAGAUGACAUCAGCUUGGGCUUUUCAAUUCCUGGAUGGCAGCAGUGUGUUAAUCCAGCCUUCAUCCUGGAUUUCAUAAACUAAAACAAGAGAGGCUGGCAGGAGGACAGCGCUGCUGCUGGGUUGAGGAAAUUGAUGACGGGGAAGCAUGCGGGCAACCCAGUGUAUAAAACUCAUAAACGUGUAGGCAGAGACUCAGCUACCACUUUGGACUCUGCUUGCUACCAGCAAAGACCACAACUCGGAGCCGAGCCUGAGCCCACAGAGAAACAUGAGGAGCCUCUUGCUGCUGACCACACUCCUUGUACCUGUGCACCUGGCUGUGGCUUGGAGUAUCAAGUAUGCCGUGGACUGUCCAGAACAUUGUGACAGUAGUGAGUGCAGAAGCAAUUUGCACUGCAAGAAGAUGGUGCUGGACGACUGUGGCUGCUGCCAGGUGUGCGCUGCAGGGCUGGGAGAAACCUGCUACCGCACGGUCUCAGGCAUGGAUGGCGUGAAGUGUGGCCCGGGGCUGAGGUGUCAGUUUUACAGUGAGGAGGAUGAUUUUGGUGAAGAGUUUGGUAUCUGCAAAGACUGCCCCUACGGCACCUUCGGGAUGGAAUGCAAAGAAACCUGCAACUGCCAGUCGGGCAUAUGUGACAGGGUGACCGGCAAAUGUCUGAAAUUUUCUUUCUUCCCAUAUUCAUCAACCAAGUCUUCCCGGAGAUUUGUUUCAAGCACAGAGCUUGACUUGGCAUCUGGAGAUGGCAAUGCUGUCAGAGAAGAAACUGUGAAAGAUAAUGCUGCUCAGUCCCCUGUAAUGAAAUGGUUGAAUCCACGCUGAUCCUGGGUGGGAUUUUCAAGAAAAGCUUCUAUUUUAAUGAUUGUUCAACACUCAGCCAACAUUUAAAAAAUUGUCUAGAUUAUAGCAUAUGGAUAAAUAAUUUUUGGAGGUCAAGUAUGAUUCAGGGUAGAUUCAGGAAAAAAGAAAGUAGGCUACUUACAAUCCAUAAAAUGCAUAUGAUUGAACACAUUUAGAUAUUUGUUAAAUAUUUGAAUGCAUAUAGAUUUGUUAAAUGUGUGUGUAUAGUAUUAAUGAAGAACUAAAAAAUGCAAUUUAGAUAAUCUUAUAUGGAGCCAGGUCAAAGAGAAAGCUAGUCAAAGGUGAAGACCACAGUGACCCCGUAUGGGGGGUUGUUUGACUUGGAUGUACAUUAAUGUUAGGAUACGUAAAGGAGGAACAGGCAGAAGCAAGAGAAGGUAGGGAGGGGAGUGAGAGUGGGGAUUAUAAUAUUUAGCUUUUCCUUGUGUUAGCUUCAGUAGAACCUAAUUUAAUUGGGAGGAUGGGGGGGUGAAAUUAAAAAAAUAAACAAACAAACAAACUAGAAAA